AUCCAAGAGCUGCUUUUUCUAGUCAUCUUCCAUCCGAUGGUUCUUCUGGAAUAUCUAAUCACAUGUGGAGUGCUAGUGAUCCAAGGGGCACAUCAGAUUUUUUGCGGAGUGAUAAAUUACCAAUACAUUCUGGAGGUUAUGGUUCAGAUGAUAUUGCUGGAAUUGGAACUCAUCGUACAGCUGGACUUGGUAGUUUGGCUGCUGGAGCUACUGUAGGAGGAUAUACUCCAUUAGAAGACCUGGUCUUAGCAAAAAGAGAUGCAUUAGACAUCAAGCCUGACGUGGACAUACCCAAUCCUUUGAUAAAAUCUGAUGGUCCAUCUGCAGAUCAAUCUAACAUCCUUUUUGUUGAUGGUCUUCCUACCGAUUGUACACGAAGAGAAGUGGCUCAUCUUUUCCGCCCUUUUAUUGGUUUCAAGGAUAUCAGAGUUGUGCACAAGGAGCCUAGACGUACUGGGGAUAAGGCUCAUGUCCUGUGCUUUGUGGAGUUUAAUGAUUCCAAAUGUGCUUUGACUGCUCUAGAAGCUCUUCAAGAAUAUAAAUUUGAUGACAAGAAACCAGAUUCACCAGUCUUAAAGAUCCAAUUUGCGAAAUUCCCUUUCCGUCCAUCGUGUGUACGUGAUGAUCGGAGACAUGGAAGUGCACACUGAGCCAUUCUAUGUGGCCCAAAAUGGUGGGGCAUCCUCAAAACGUGUUACGGAUGGCUAUGCUUAGAAUGUGCCCUUUACCAUGUGGAGACAUCUAUACAGUGAGCUGUUAUGCUGGGGCAGUCAUCAGUCAGCUCACCAGUAUAGAACCAGUGAAUUCAUGCAUUUAUUGUGAUGACCAUGUAGAUGUGUCAACGUGCAGGAUAUAUUACACUUGAGAAGUUCCUUCUCGUUGACAAUGUAUUCAUGUCGGUUAGGUCAAAGAGCAAUAAGAAUGUUUUCCUAAGUAGUUGCUUUUUCUUUGUUUUUUCUGCUCGUACCAUUGUUGUGAUAGUUGGGUUGAAAUGGCACAUGAUAUUGGGGUAGACUAAUUUAAUGCUGGAAUUUUGCAAAAA